CAAGUCUCAAUUUCAAUGUGUUUCUCUCUUGUAACCUGGGAACCUGAAUUAUUUUUCUGAACAGGAAUAUAUACAAUCCCCUUUUCUUUCUUCCUUUGUUGUUGUCCUUGAGGAGGAGCCAUGGGAAAGUCCAACCUUCCCACCGUUUCUCAAAGUGAGGAUGACGCUGAAGAAAAUGAUGACAUGGGGAUUGCUGAAAUUGCACCAAAGCUAUUGUUUUGUUCGUCUAUUUCUCUCACAGCUGAAGAGAUGCAAUGCUUAAGCAUGGGGGGCAAUGAAGAUCAGAGUAGAGGAGAGGACAGAAAAGCUUUGAGUAGGGAGGCCAUUGAGGAGAAGAAAACUUGUGAAGAAACAACCUCAGAGGCCAAUAAUUUCUGUAUCUUGCCGACUCCAGCAGAUGGAAAAAGUCAUUCUCAGUGGCAUGGAUUCCUUAAGAAGCUGAAGAAAGGGCAAGCAAUGAGCUUGCAUACAUUUCAUCCCAGCAUACCAGCUCUUCCCUCCAUGAAGAAGACUCCCAAGAAAAGAACAAGGAAGAGUUUGCCCGCUCUGCCUGCUGAAAUGGAUGCAAAUCAUUUAGUACCGUCAUACUUUGAGACUUCUUGGAAAAAUUUCUCCCUUUCUGAGCUACAGAAAAUCACUGACAACUUUAGUCCUGAAAAUUUGAUUGGGGAGGGAGGUUAUUCAGAAGUAUACAAGGGACACUUGGAUGAUGAGCGGCUAGUAGCAGUUAAGAGACUGAUAAGAGGAAGUCCUGAGGAGAUGACAGCAGACUACUUAUCUGAGCUCGGAAUUUUGGUACAUGUGAAGCAUCCCAACAUUGCAAGUGUUAUUGGUUAUGGAGUUGAAGGAGGGAUGCAUCUUGUCCUACCGCUGUCUCCUAAUGGGAGCUUAGCAACUUUGCUCAAUGACCACAAGGAAAAGCUACUUUGGGAAAGUAGAUACAACAUCGCUUUGGGCACUGCAGAGGGUCUGUCUUAUCUUCAUGAAGGGUGUCAGCGAAGAAUUAUCCAUCGAGAUAUCAAGGCUGCUAAUAUUUUGUUGUCACAAGAUUUUGAGCCUCAGAUAUCCGAUUUUGGGCUCGCAAAAUGGCUCCCUGACCAAUGGACUCACCUCACUGUAUCUCAAUUUGAAGGCACAUUUGGAUACCUACCCCCCGAACUCUUCAUGCAUGGAAUUGUUGACGAGAAAACUGAUGUCUAUGCUUAUGGGGUGCUGCUGCUGGAGAUAAUUACAGGCCGCCCUGCUUUGGAUCAAUCCCAUAAUAGUGUAGUGAUGUGGGCCAAGCCUCAUCUGCUCAAAAGAAAUAUUGCCGAGUUGGCUGAUCCAGCAUUUGGGGGAGUGUAUAACAUGGAAGAGAUGAGUCGCAUGGCUAUGGCUGCUUCUUUGUGUAUACAGCAGUCUUCCGCAGAUAGACCUCCAAUGAGCAAGGUCCUGAAAAUGUUAAGAGGAGAAGAGGACACGUUGCAGAUGAAUUCAAAGUUCCAAAAGCGACAUGCUCUUGGGAGGGGAAAUGCGAUGGACGUACUCAACGAACACCUGCUACUUGAUGAACCAUCAAGUUCAACAGAUGAUGCUGCUUAGAUAUAACAGUCACAGACACUGAACCAAACAUUGACCGGUCUCGAGGAUUUCAUUU